UUCAUUGAUUUCGAGAGCCUUCGCGAAAUAGAGAGAGAACAGAGAGACGAAUUCCAAUCCUACGCCAUAAUCUCUUCACGAUGUCGUAUUCCAGGAGGUCAAGGUAUUCUCGCUCACCUUCAUACAAUCGAUAUAGUAGAUCUGUCUCAAGGUCCAAAUAUCUUUCAAGGAGCCGGUCAAGGAGCUGUGAUUCAAGCGACGUUGAGAACCCAGGGAACAAUUUGUAUGUGACUGGUCUCUCAACCCGCGUUAAAGAGCGAGACGUCGAGAAGCAUUUUUCUGCUGAGGGGAAGGUUGAAGAUGUUCAUCUUGUUGUUGACCCAUGGACCCGGGAAUCUCGUGGGUUUGGUUUCGUGACAAUGUCCAGUGUUGAGGAGGCUGAUCGCUGCAUCAAGUAUUUGAACCGCUCGGUACUUGAAGGCAGAGUGAUAACUGUGGAGAAGGCUAGGAGGAGAAGAGGUAGAACACCUACUCCAGGAAAAUAUUUGGGUCUCAGAACAGUCAGUGUUUGUCGCGAAUCACGAAGUUAUUCCCCUCGUUCAAGGAGUUGCUCUCCCCGUUACUCAUCUGAGAGUUACAGGAGCAGGAGCAGAUCUUACUCCCCAUAUUACAGACGAGAGCGUGGAUACUACUCUCCCUGUUACAGAGGACGCCAGAGAUCCCAUUCUCCAUAUUACAGUCGCCGCCGCCGUCACUCAUGCUCACCUUAUUCUCCUUACUAUAGUCAUGGCAGAUCUUAUUCUCGAUCUUCAUCUCCAUAUAGCAGAUCGCCCGUGAGUCGGCGUGAUCGUUCCUGUUCUCCAGAUGACCGUUAUUAUAGAAGAAGCCGCUCUCCUGUUAACAGGCGGCGUGAUCGUUCCUACUCUCCAAAUGACGGUUACUACAGAAGAAGUCGCUACCGCUACCGUGACUACUCUCCUGACAGCCGUGAUCUUUCCUACUCCCGGGAUGAUCGUUAUUACAGAGAGAGCCGCUAUCGUGGCUACUCCCCUGGCGACAGGUACUACUAUCGAAGGAGCCGAUAUCGUUCCAUUUCUCGGAGCAUUUCACCUCGUUAUCGGAGGUCCAGGAGAAGCUACUCACGCAGUGUAUCACCUAGGCGGUCAAAGAGGAGCUAUUCGAGAAGUGUUUCCAGGAGUAGUCAGUCUUGUAGCAGUUAUUCUCCUAGUCCAAAGAGAGUCUCUAAGAGGAGUCGCAGUGUUAGUGCAUCUUCUAGAUUUGUUUCAAGGUCUGUUACACCUAGGUCUUCGUCUCCUUCAUCAUGAAGGACUGCACUAUUGGGGAGGGUUUAGUCUGUCACUCUGUUGUGAAGAGCUUAAAGUCUUUAUAAGGUUGGUCUUAUUCAAGAUAAAUCUGCUUUCUAUCUUAUAUUCUGACUGGUAGAAAUGGGGUUUAGUUGCACUGUCGUUUGUGUUUUACUAUUGUACGUUUUCUGUGAUCUCCUGAAGUAUUAUGGCAAUUGAUUGUGACUUUGAAAAAGCAUGUGGCA